CUCAACAGACCAAAAACGUUUCAUCUGUAACUAAAAUUACGUCAAGAAAAGAAAAAGUAAUAGUAGGUGUACUGUUCAGCGUGUUGUAAUCCAUUGUGAAAUAAGAUACUACAUACAGAUACAGGACACUAGUAGAUUCACGUCAUAGAGGAAGCAACAAGUAGUAGAAUAUAGUUAUGUCGUCUGUGCGCGGAACAGAAGUGCCAGAAUGGGGGCCCGCGGAGGUGGAGGCGUGGCUACGAAGCGUGGACUUGGCGUCUUUUGGUCUUGUUUUUAGAGAGGCGGGAAUAGACGGACCUACACUGUUGCAGCUUACUUUCGACGAUUUAUUGCAAAACUUUCGGAAUGCAGCGUACGUUUUAUCUUGACAUGUUCCUUUUGCUAUUUAUUUUCGUGUUACUGAGAGUGAGAACCGUGGUAGAAAGUGUUUUCUCGUCUCGCGGGCGUCAGGUAGCAAGUGGGUUUGAUUGUUAGAGCUAGAGGUGCGAUAGAUAGUGUUAUUGAUGAUGAUAAGAAUAUGCACAACCCAUUUCCAUUUUCUUUCAGGGAUCCGACGCUGAAGGGGUGGAUAGGAUGCAAGAAGAUAAUAGGGCAUACGAACCUCUUCAAGUUACAUCUCGGGCAGGAAUCGGUAUCAAUUCUGUGAUACUAUAGGCGAUGCUACAGGUAUAUUAUCAUAUGAAUAUAACUCGCUCCUGUUGUUGAAGCCAAAAGUAUUUGAUCGUGGUGGAUUUCUCUGGUGGAGCAAGGAGAAACACGAGGGUUCCUAUUCCUUUCAUUCGUGAUUUCUCAGACGCUGUUGGCAGCGGAUAGGUCAUUUGUAGACGGCAACCGGUCUUUCGCCUCUUCGUCACGGCCUCCUCCGUCGCCGGGACCCAGGGCCUACACGCGCGCCGAGCCUCUGUCAGCGAGAAAAGUGAACUCGCACGGUAGUGCAACCGGUAGUAGCUAUGGGAAUUCCUCAGCGCGCGGAUCCUCAAGAGGCAGGGUGGCACAAAUGAAGAGCUCCUAUGGUGGUAUACAACAUAUUUUGGAAGUUAUUUUAAAGGAGUUCCUAGAGGAAUGUAUCUUCUGGAAAUCGUGAGGAACAAUCUUUGUCACUAACCACCUUCUUUGAAUAGAUACUUACACGAAACAUGAUAUCAAAGAACGCACAACGAUCUUGAUCUGUUUUCCGUCUACUCUCAGAGGUCUUUCGCAUCGCUCAUCUAGUAGGGACGCUUUGAAUCGGAGUGAUAUAUCAUACAGCGGAAGGAGUUCUGGCGUAUCGUUCUUAGCAAUGUCCGAGAGCGGGACAACAUUCGACACUCGGAAGCGCAGUCGUACGUGUUCCUAAUUCUGAACAUUUGCUCAGUACUAGUAGAAACAAAUAGAAUGAAAUGUUCUGCAGCACUUGCUCCUUUAUUCAAGUCUUCUGGUGCGAGCGAAUGAAAGAUUAUGCAUUUUUGUCGUGAAAACGAACGUAUGCUGUGGAUAAACAAUAUACUACAACAGACAAAGGAAGUAUGGCUCUAGCAAAGCGGAAUGUAUCCGAGUGUCUAUUCCUCCGCGGCGGAGCGUCACCGGGUGUAUGCCGCUAUAAUGUGGAUCUCGACGACCCUAGCAGACGGCGUGGUGGCGCAAUAUCAAGAGCUAGGCGAUUUGAUCCACCAAAACGGCUUUUCCCAGAGCGUCCGCCACCCGGACCGCAGUCAUACGCACCAAACUUCCUCGCGAUGAGUGCGCGACCCUCAACCUCCAAAUAACGGAGGACGAAUGAGUCUAAGUAUUCUGUUAAGAUGGUGUGGGUGCUGCUUUUCCAAACCGCGCAUGCUCGUUUCAAAUUGAUUACAUGUGCUUCUCCGACCAAGUGAAUAGAUAUUUUGAUUUUUGCUUUUGAAGCGAAGGAGGCCACGCUCAAAAUAAUAUCGAUCUUAGGAAUCUGACAUCAACACAUUACUUUGCUUCUUGAUACCACGACUUUAGAAUGAAACCAGAAUAAUGCGCGCAGGUAUGAGGUGGGCUAAAUACCACAACCUAGAGGUAGUUGAAGCAAAAUGUAAACGCUAAGAAAACGUGAAAACUAUUAAUGACCACUAAUCACUCUCUACUAACUUUCUAAACUAGUCCAUGUCAUAAUAUUAAAUUUCAACAGAAUACAGCAAAUCUCCAUAGAAAUUAGCCAAAAGUAACACGCCAAACGAUCGUAAAUGAACUUUAUAGCACCGACUUCGUGUGCUCACAGCAGUUAAGACAUGCAGCCUGGUGCUGCUUUCGUUCUACAACGGUCUCAUAUGCUAUGUCCAUACAAGUACAACUGCUUCUGAACUGAAGAAGACUUAUUCAAAACUCAUUUUGAGUAUCAAACCGUUAGCCUUUAUAUUUUCCGAUACAGCUCCUGGUCUUGUACAGUAAUGUAUACCAAUCUAUCGAGCAGAAGGAAUCAUAUGUUGAUUUACCGGGAGCGGUUAUUCUGUAUGAUAUCAUUUCAACUUGUUGCAUUUUGAUGUGGGCGGGCUAUAAAAAUGAAAGAACGUCGCGUGAAUCUCUACUAAAAUUUGAAUUUGUCAUGACAACUACAGCAACUUACACGGUGAAACCUUUGGACAUUAUUGACGUCUUCGUGUCACGUGAGCGACAAAUCUGUUGUACAAAAAGCAGAAAGAACGGGAAACAACAACAGAGCUUAUAAAAAGCGAACGAGUCAGUCAUCUCGGUCCCAACAUUGAAGCGCGUGGAUGUGCAUUGAUUUCCAGCAGUUCUUCGUCUCUGUCGGAGAUUUAC